AUGAUUGAGAAUGUGACUCAGGUGUCCGUUGGUGGGCUGACCUGCAAGAAGACAAGCAUCGAGAAGGAUUUCACUAGGGAUAUCCCAUUGAUUCGGACCAUGGCUUCCUCUCUCGUCCCGCUGCUCCUCCUCCUCCUCCUCCUCCUCCUCUCCACCUCCUCCGACGCCGUCUACGGCCGUCAACACCACAGGCACGCCCCCAUCCCCAGCCCCAAGGCGGAUGCGGUACCCACCGCCUCACCCGCGAUCCGCCAGGCUUGCUGCGCCACCCGCUCCCCGGACCUCUGCCAGUCGACCCUCUCCCAUCUCUCCCCAUCCCUCCCCGCCAACCCCUCCGCCCUCGACCUCGUCCUCGGCGCUAUCUCCGCUGCAUCAAACGGCCUCCAGACCGCCCGGGCCAACGCCCAGGCCAUCCUCAACACCUCCGCCUCCAACUUGAACCACACCAACGCUGCGCGCAACUGCCUCGACUUCCUCUCCCUCUCCAACCACCGCCUCGCAGCCGCCUCCUUGGCGGUCCCCGCUGGCGCCCUCGCCGACGCCCGCGCCUUUGCCGGCGCCGCGGAGCUCUACCAGUACGAUUGUUGGUCCGCCCUCAAGUACGUCAACGAUACCCAGCAGGUGGUGGACGCCAUGGCCUUCCUCGCCAACCUCGCGAACGUCACCGGCGGCGCCACCGCCAUGGUGGCCGCCCUGCAGCGCUACGGCGCCAACAUCUCGCUCUGGGCCCCGCCGCAGACCGAGAGGGACGGGUACUGGCCGGACGCCACCGUGGCGUCACCAAGCGGAGAGGCCGCCCGGAAGGAGUUCCCACGGCCGGGAACACCGCCGGACGCAACGGUCUGCAAGGAGGGCGGAUGCCAGUUUGGAGCGGUUCAGGCGGCUGUCGACGCUGCGCCGGAGCACAGCGUCGGCCGGUACGUGAUCUACAUAAAGAAAGGGGUGUACGAGGAGACGGUCCGGGUGCCGUUCGUGAAGACGAACCUGGUGUUUAUCGGGGACGGCAUGGGCAAAACGGUCAUUACGGGCUCCCUCAACGCCGACACCGUCGGCGUCUCCACCUACAACUCGGCCACCGUCGGCGUGAGUGGAGAUGGCUUCAUGGCCCGGAACCUGACCUUCGCCAACACCGCCGGGCCGGACAAGCACCAGGCCGUGGCCUUCCGCUCCGACAGCGACCUCUCCGUGCUCGAGUCGGUGGAGUUCCUCGGCCACCAGGACACCCUCUACGCCCACUCCCUCCGCCAGUUCUACAAAUCCUGCCGCAUCGCCGGCACCGUCGACUUCAUCUUCGGCAACUCCGCCACCGUCUUCCACGACUGCCUCAUCUUCGUCCUCCCCCGCCAGCUCAACCCCGAGCACGGCGAGUCCAACACCGUCACCGCGCACGGCCGCACCGACCCCGCCCAGUCCACCGGCUUCGUGUUCGACCACUGCGCCAUCAACGGGAGCGACGAGUACCUCGCGCUCUACCGCUCGAAGCCCGACGUCCACCGCGUGUACCUCGGGAGGCCAUGGAAGGAGUACUCGAGGACGGUGUUCAUCGACUGCAACUUGGCGGAGAUCGUGAGGCCGGAGGGCUGGGAGACAUGGAACGGUAGCGUUGACUUCGCGCUGCAGACGCUGUUCUACGGAGAGUUCGGAAGCUCUGGUCCCGGAGCUAAUGUGACCGCAAGAGUGCCAUGGAGCAGCCAGAUCCCGGCGGAGCAUUUAGGAGCCUACUCCGUGGAGAACUUUAUUCAGGGGGAUCAAUGGAUUCCCUUUGAUCUAUAGAACAACAUCUGCUGUCUUGUGAUGCGAUUUGAGCUGGAAUAUUAUUAUAAUACACUAUGAUAUGCACAAUAAAAUCCAGAGGACUGUAGGUUUCCAUGGUA